UGCAGCACCUGAGAGGCAGACAUGCAGCUGAACUCCUCCCACCGCCUGCAGCAGCAGCGCUGUUACCUAGAAACCAGCCGGAGCCGGAGCCACCAGCGGGCGGAGCAGCAGCACCGAGUCCGGCUGCGGAGCGCCGAGCGCGGCGUGGCGGAGCGCGAUGGGACCGGGACGCGCCUGGAGGUCUCUCCGGUCUCCCCGCUGAAAGCCUCGGAGCGGCGGAGCGGCAGCGCCUGGAGACCGGAUCUGGAUCUGGACCUGGAUCUGGAUCUGGAUCUGGAUCUGGAUCUGCUGACCUUGGAGAACAAAGCUGAUGUGAAUCAGACCUGGAGAAAAUCCGCCUCUGGUUUUCCGUCCAGCGGAGCGACAGCCGCGUCUCAACAUGGGGGGCGCCUCGCCGGGCGGGGCCGCGCCCAGCGUCCCGCUGUUCCUGUUCAACGACAGCGACCAGAACUCGCUGCUCAACGCCACCAACUCCACCGCCCUGGAUGGCGCCGGACCCAGCGCCGCCGCCGUCCUCAUCCCGCUGAUCUACGUGGUCGUCUGCGUCAUCGGCCUGGGCGGCAACACGCUGGUCAUCCACAUCGUGCUGCACUACUCCAAGACCGAGUCGGUCACCAACAUCUACAUCCUGAACCUGGCCAUCGCAGACGAGCUGUUCAUGCUGGGCCUGCCCUUCCUAGCCGUCCAGAACUCGCUGCAGGCCUGGCCCUUCGGACCCUUCAUGUGCCGACUCGUCAUGACCGUCGACUCCAUCAACCAGUUCACCAGCAUCUUCUGCCUCACCGUCAUGAGCGUCGACCGCUACCUGGCCGUAGUUCACCCCAUCCGCUCCUCCAAGUGGCGGCGCCCUCCGGUGGCCAAAGUGGUGAACGGCACCGUGUGGGCUCUGUCCUUCCUGGUGGUUCUGCCAGUGGUGAUCUUCGCCAACAUCCAGAAGGCGGGAGGAACCUGCAACAUCAGCUGGCCGCAACCGGCCAACAUCUGGAGGGCCGCCUUCAUCAUCUACACCUCCACUGUGGGCUUCUUCUGCCCGCUGCUCAUCAUCUGCCUCUGCUACCUGCUCAUCGUCUUCAAGAUCCGCAGUUCGGGUAGAAAGGUCCACGCCACCUCAACCAAGAGGCGGAAGUCGGAGCGGAAAGUGACGCGAAUGGUGGUGAUAGUGGUGGCGGUCUUCGUCUUCUGCUGGUUGCCUUUCUACGCACUAAACAUCAUCAACUUGCUGGUGUCUCUGCCGUCGGACUACCAGGGCCUUUACUACUUCGUGGUUGUGCUCGGAUACGCCAACAGCUGCGCCAACCCCAUCGUCUACGGCUUCCUGUCCGACAACUUCAAGAGAGGUUUCCGGAAGGCUCUGUGCCGCUCCACCAGGAAGGUGGAGAGUCACGAACCGGCAGAAAGUCCGCGGCAGCAGGACGAGGGGCGGCGGGCGCUGCUGCCCAGGGAGAGCCUGCGGCGGGCCGUCCGCCAGGACGAUGACGACGAGGAAGAUGCGUCUGAAAUGACUGAGAUCUACCAGAUCACCCACAACGAGAACAGCGGCUUCCCGCCUCAGGCCGCGGAGAGAGCGGCGGAGAGUCCGAUCUCGGACCGGGGCGACGGCGGCGGGGAGCCCAGAGGGAAGGAACCGGCUAAUGGGCCGGCCCUCACUGGGUCGGUUCUGACCGGUUCGGUCCUUACCGGGUCGGUUCCGACAGUCCCGCUGCUGCUGAACGGAGCCAAAAACGGAAGCGUGAAAACUCUGCCGGAGGAAAACACGGACCAGAGCGCCUCACUGGAGAUAAGUUAUUUAUAGUGUAAAGUAAGAAAUAAAAAAAAUAACUUAAUAUUCAUUCAGUUCGUACAGUCUGUAUGACUAUAAUCUGUAGAUGUUUGCAUAUCUAGAUGUAUAACUGUGCCUUUAUCGCUCUUUAGUGUUAAAUGUUGGUUUGAACAGAAAAUAUGAGGAAAAUUCACUAAACCGUCUGAACUAAGGGAAAGGAUCGAUACCGAUACUGGGCUCGUAUCGCCGAUACUUUUCUCUUGAGAUGUCAUCAUUAUCACUGAAUAUCUUCAAUAGUGGUAUCAUAUCUAUAUCUUUAUAUCUAUAUAUCUAUAUAUAUCUAUAUAUAUAGAUAUAUAUAUCUGUAAACAUUUAAAAAGUAUGAAAUCCUGAUCUGAAAUUGAAAAAGUGAAUUUUUCAUAUUUUCAUAUUGGGAUUUUAAUGCGCUGGUAUGAACUCUGUCAGCAAAUUCCAGAAAUGUCCUGUGAGAGAAACUGGAAAUAAAAAUAUUGAUUUCAUCAAGCUAGUAUCAAUCUGACACCAAUACUCACCUUGGUAUUGAUAGUAUUGGUAUUUCGAUCGAUAAAAACCAGAUUCCUCAGAUCUGCAGAUCUAGAUGUGAUUGGCUGCAACCUGCUGAACUGAUGGAAACGUUUGUUUCUUUAUUUAGAACAAUAAUGGGAGCAAAACCUGCAGAAACAAUAAAAAUAUGUCGUUGCUUUGUGAAUUUUCCUCUUGUUCAUUUUUGAACUGCUUUGUUUUGUUAAAUCUUUGUCAGGGUGAAAAGUUGUUAUUUUCUUUUUUUAAAGUGUUGUAGAAAGAUCAUCAGAAAGUAAAGUUAGCAAACAGAUUAAAACUUUAACAGUGAAGCUUCUUCAUAUGUAAUUUAAUUCCUAGACUCUUCUGAUGUUUGUUGUAAUAUUUUCAUGGAUUUCUCUCGUUUUGUUUCUGUUUUCAGAUCGAUUUCUGAAACGCCUGUCAGAGCGUCUGACGUUAACGAAAGUCCUUCACAGUUCAGUUGUUGCAGCUAACGUUCUGAAGGUCAGCCUUUAAAAGGCUUCAGGAAGCAAUUUUACAUCACGGUGGCACUUUAGCACAUUUGGAGAAAUAUUUCUUUCAUAAAUAACAGGUAGAAACAGAGUCCCUGAGUCAACAGUCAAAUUAGAGGAAUUUCUUGUUUUUCUUUAGAGAGCGACGCUUUUAUGAUUCUCAUUCAGAACAAAUUUCACAUUCCAGUUAGAAAAGAAAAUCCAGAGAGAAUUCAAAACAUCUUUCUACUUAUAAAAACUUGGCUGGCAGACCACGCCCCCUUGGCCGUGCAGACCACGCCCGUUGGUUGCAGGCCACGCCCCCUUGACUGCGCAGUCCAGCUGCAUGCUCUGCAAACUCGCAUGUUCUCUGCAGAUUAACUUCUGAGAUGUCUGGAAGAUUUUAUAGCAGAACGAUGAAAUGUUUAAUUUAGACCAGAAAGUUUUAAGGACUUCCUGUUUCACCAAAAGUUCAUUUAUGCAUCAAAAGGUGUAAAAAAAAAAAACAAACUUUUUCUUAGUACCAAACAAUCUACAGACAUUAUAUAUUAUCUGCUGUUGAUAUCAUUGUAACUAUGUUUUCCAGUUUUCUGUCCUUUUAGCUUUUUUAACCUUUGAACUCAUCAGGCUACAUUAAUUUUCCAUCAACUCUUAUUUUUAAGAACUGAAUGUUCAUUAGAUAAUCACAGAUAUUUCAGCUUAGAUUACUGCUGUUUAAAAUGAAUCUAUGUGGCUUUUUGUUGUGUUGUUCAUGUUUGUGAGUUCGGUAGGUUCGUUUCUUGAAAGCGAAGCUGUAAUUUGGAUGUUUUUCCUCUUCAGGUCAGACAGUCGCUGACGAGCUGCUGCAUGUUAUUCAGUUGGUUCACAUUGAGACACAUUAUGAUUACGGUGUAAUCAGAGCGUCUCAAUCAGCAGCUUUAGGUGUGAUUCACAUGUUAUUGUUCAGCAGAUGAGCCUGGCAGCGUCACGGCUCAUCCGGUCCGGUCCGGUCCGGUCCAGUCGCUGCGUCAGACACUGAACUAGAAUGAAACAGCAGCAGCAUGAAAACAUUCAGCGCCUCAAGCUGAAGAAAAAAAGGCCGAGAAAGUUUGAUUCCCAAACCACAGAAAUGUCAAAACAUGCAGGAAUAAGCAGGAAUAACUAUUGGUGACAGAAUAUCAGCAUAAAGAUUCUGAGUUUUCAGCCAGUCACAUUAUUUAUUAUGGCAAAAAUUAGCAGCAACUAGUUUGAGUUUCUCCAGUGAAAAGUGAGUUAGGAUAUUUAUAAAGUAUUAGUCCAUAACAUAUGAUGAUCAUAUUUUAAGUUAUGAGAUUUAAUGUUCAUGAGACGCAAAGUCAGAGCUGUCAAAUUUAUUAAAUAAAAAAUCACAUUUUAAUCUCGUAAUCAUUAUUAUCUAACAAUGAUAUGAUAUAAAUAUGAGAUGUUAUAUUUAUUGGUGUGACUCAAUUAAAACAAAAAUGUAGUUAAUUACAGGGUCUGCAAUUAAUUAAUUGCAUUAUAGUCAAAAACAUACAACCAUAAUAUAUUGUCAAAAUGAGCAAUAUUUCAAAAUAAAAACACAUUUUUGCUGCAAAAUGAUUAAAUAAACAGACAUAUGAGCUCAAACACAAAGAUAUUUAUAGUUUUUAGUCUGAUCUCCAGAUUGGAGCAAAGAGUUUCAGGAAGUCCUGAUCAUUCCUGGAGCUUCUUUAGACGCUAACAUUAGCAUUAGCUAAUGUUAGCAUUCCGAUGCUAUUUUAGCCUUGAAUGGAUUCCCUGCUAGGCUAACUACUUUUAUUACAACUUGAACCAACAACAAUCUUUUCCAGCGUCCAAUCAGAUGGUUUAGAAACAGAAAUUAACCCCUAAUGGACCAGAGAGAAGCGGCUUCAUCCUCCAUCGCUGUUAGCGAACGUAGCUGUGCGUCAGGUUUACGGACGUACCAGAAACACAAUACAAAGGUUCCUGCUCGGGAUUUUUGUAUGUAAAAUAACAUUUGUGAUUAGUUGUGUUAAAAAAUGUUAAUGCGUUACAUUCUGUGUGAUUAAUUAAUCGAAAUAUUAUCAUUAAAGUUACUUGUGCUUUA